GACCCUCACCACCACUAUCGACCUCAGCACCAUGGCCCCAGUCACUAAUGGACGCUAUGUUUUCAACGAGUACCCUACCGGCUAUCCAGUUCUUGACAAGACCCUCAGUUAUGACGCCACCAACGCCAUAGACCUCUGGAACGUCCCUCUCAAUGGCGGAACCCUCAUCAAGGUCCUCGUGUUGUCUAUCGAUCCAUUCCUUCGGAACCGCAUGGAUAUGCCGGAUCCCGAGGCUGCAUUCAGUUGGUCCUUCAAGAAAGGCGAGCCAAUCGAGGGUUACGGUGUGGGAGUCGUCCUCCGCACGGAGAACUCGGCCUUGAAGAAAGGCGAUCUCGUCUAUGGACUCUACGAUUUUCAGGAGUAUGUAAUCUGGCCUGGACUUCCCGCCAACGGCAUCUCGCGUGUCCUGGAGAAUAAGGAGAACCUCCCAUUGUCGGCUUAUGUAGGCGUGGCUGGAAUGCCUGGCCAGACCGCAUACUACGGCUGGAAGGAGUACGCAUCGCCCAAGAAUGGCGAAGUCGCAUUUGUCACUACCGGCGCCGGUCCGAUCGGAGCUACCGUCAUCCAAUUUGCCAAAGCCGCGGGCCUCAAGGUCAUCGCAUCGGCCGGAUCCGACGAGAAGGUCGCGUACAUGAAGUCCAUCGGCGCCGAUGUGGCCUUCAACUACAAGACCACUAAGACUGCCACAGUCCUCCAGAAGGAAGGUCCCAUCAACAUAUUCUGGGACAACGUCGGUGGGGAGACCUUUGAGGCGGCCAUCGAAUACGCCGCAACCGGCGCGCGCUUCCUUCAAUGCGGCUCGGCGUCUACGUAUAACGCGACCGAAGUGUACCCCGUGAAGAACCUCACCAAGAUCACUGUGAAGGAGCUGCACAUUCACGGCUUCAACGUCGCCGGAAGUCUAGCUACGAAGUACCGCGAGGAGUUCUACGCAACAGUGCCUGGACAGAUCGCUCGCGGAGAACUAAAGUACAAGGAGUAUGUCCUCCGUGGAUUAAACUUGGCGGGCCAAGGUCUCCUCGACGUCUUAACCGGGAAGAAUUUCGGGAAGUGCGUCAUCAUCGUCGCGGAUGAAUGAUCGCGCAGUGUCGAGGUAUGCAAAGAGAAUAGCUUGCGAAGGGGCGGCCUUUGGAGAUAUCGGGUCGUUUGGUACAUGCUGUCAUCUCAACGGUUCUCGCUGCCACAUUGAUGAUUGAUCGAAGGAUCGUAUACACAUUCCACGAGCACGCCCUCUUUCUGGUGACCUUGAGACUUUAGGACCCAGGGAACGUGAUGCUCGGGUGUGCGAUAUCACUGCCGAGAUGCUAGUCGC